AGGUGGGGUGCGGGGAUGCCCAAUAUUACUCAUACAUGAUGGGUCCACAGAUAUACUUCCCUGUGGCCCUCUCUCAAUUCGGAAGAACCAGAUUACCAAUACUGUACCUGUAUUCAUUACUUGGUGUCGGGCCCGCUCCUACCGGUAUUUGUGUGUGUGGUUGGGGCAGCUGAUCAGUCGUUAGAACCCAAAUACGAGUAGAUUCGCUGGUAGUCUAUGGACAGAAAUAUAGCACAUCAUAGUACUCGCGCCCGGGACGAGUCAUCACUGCACCCUCACCCUCGCCACUCAUGUGCUUUAUUCACGGCUCUCACUCGACUGCAGUCUGCAGUCUGUUGGCAUCUAGAGUCGUGUCGGGGGCUCUGCCGGUUCGGGGGGUAUGUCGGGAACCUAGGUACGCCCGUGGUGUGGAUUUGAGAACAAGGAGGUAUCGUUUUCUAUGAAUACAGUAAGUUAUACCUAGUCACAAAUAUACACUGUCUGCGUACCCGAGUUCCCGACAUAGCUACCGAAGCGACAUAGCACCCGACACGAUACUAACCUCUGGGGUUGUCGGAGUAACAUUAAAACUAUCAGGACUUGAAUUACUCGGGGUGCAAGAAUUUGUCGUCUCAACAGCCCUGCUAAUUCCAAAACAGGCCACAUGUUACCGGACGCUGUGCGUGCCCCGGCACGAAAGUAUGAUACUCGUACAAGUACCGGUACUUGUAUCGGACCCAUACAAGUGUUGCAGAUACCCGAACACCGAGGGUGCUCGAGCGCAACCUUCCUUGAUCGCACGAUGGUAUGCCCACAUGGUUGGCUAUCCGUCUUUCCAACCCAUGUGUUCGGGCGCCCCGCCUAAGAGGGGCAAGGGAGAAUGGGGAAUUUGCCUUGGCCAAAGGAGCACGCAGCCGCGUUACCGCAUGCAAAAUUCUGUAGCCUAGGGCAUUCCCUUCCCUUCCACCUCUCUCCUCCCAUACCAUUUCUCCUCGCCAGACCGAACCCUCCGCCUUGGAUUUCUGCGGGGUUCAUGCAUUUUCGUUGUAUAUUUCUCUGCCCAAUACGUGUAGACACGGUAGGUUGGGUUUUUCUUAUUGCUGGUCCAUUUUCUUCUCUGAAUUACGCCAUCUGCUCACCCGGGCCACCGGUGCUCUAGAUUUCGUUGAAGGUUUACAAUAUCUAGAGAUCAGGCUGGACACUUUCUGUAGCUUGGAAAGACUGAGUCGAUAUACCACCGUUAAAUAUGUUCCCCCCCGCGCAGCAACUGGAUAUUGAUGCAAGAGCCAUUAGUGGAAUUACGGGGUUAGAACCACCUACUUGAUGUCUGGGGUCUGUUCCACGACUAAUCGGAUUGAGAAAGGUCGAUAUCGAUUGCUUGUUGGAUAGUGGUUUUCUCCCCGCAGAUCAUCGCCAAUGUUUGUCCCUUUGUCCUGGUAACCGUAUUCGUGGAAGAGCUAAUGGGUAGGGUUCGCUCAGUUCCGGCGAGGGUCGGCUGAAGGACUUUCUUUGGCCUUUCUGGUUGUUUGGCUGGUUGGAGACGUUUUCAAUGUCCUUGGGGCUGUUCUGCAGGGCGUAUUGCCUACAAUGGUGAGCAGGUUUACUCGCCCAUCGGGUGGUGAUUUGGUUUAGUUUUUCUAUCCGUAUGAGAAUUUUUGCUUAUAAUAUGAUGACCGUAGGUGAUGUUAGCCCUUUAUUAUACCCUCGCGGACAUAGUUCUCCUAUUCCAGUGCCUCUACUACAACCGCGUCAACUCCCGCAAUGCGACUCCGGAAACUGAGAGUUUGCUCCCCAUCUCGAGCGGGUCAGCUACUGUUGUUGAUGGAUCGCAUCUCUCUCCCGCAACACCGCUUUUAGAUCCCGCAAAAGAGCCUAUACAGCCCGAGCAACAGGGAGUGAUGAGAUCCAUCUUUUUUAAUGCCUUCUCGAUUCUCAUGGUAUGCCUUGCCGGUGUCCUUGGUUGGUGGGCAAGCAAUCGCUACUCGGAUAGUGAUCCUCCGGCGGAGGGUGACCAUAACGAUCUCUCAUUUUCCGUGCUCGGCCAAACUUUUGGCUAUUUCUGCGCUGUGCUAUACCUGGCCAGCAGAGUUCCUCAGAUUCUACUCAAUUACCGCCGGCAAUCCUGCGAGGGCAUAAGUUUGCUAUUCUUCCUGUUUGCAUGUCUAGGAAACAUGACGUAUGUGGCCUCCAUUCUAGCCUAUGUUCCCCACGGCGGGGAUGGGAUGGGCCAGGAGUACCGGCGUUACAUUGCCGUGAACGCCAGUUGGCUCUUGGGAAGUAUAGGGACACUUUUCCUAGAUCUCAUUAUCUUUGCCCAGUUCUUUUGGUAUAGGAGCACCGAGGAGGAAUACGAAUCUUCCUCCGAGGAUGGCAGCUAAGAGUUUCAUCGAAAGGCGUUUGAACACACGGUGCACGGGUUUAUACGGGGCUCAAGGCUGCUCGCAUUAGCAUGGAUUGUAUUUGUUUCCUGUUUUUUUUUUUCCUUCUCCCCCUCUACUCCUCUAUUCUUCCCGGGCUUUGUAAAUUAUCAAAAAGGUGUUUUCUUUUACAUGUGAGGAUGGGCGGCGUUAGAUAGAAAUUACUAUCGCGCUUUAUCACCUCCAAUGAUAAUUUUGGGUUACUUC